CUCCAGCCCUAGAGACGCGCCCCGCGUUGCUAAGGGAGGCGUGGGAGGCUGUGGAGCGUAGAGGCUGCGGACGCCCUCCGCCUCGGCGUCCUCGGUUGGCCUCAGCUCCUGGCCCGGCCGACCCGCCGGUGGAGAUUAGGAAGUGGCUGCCUGAACUAUUUUCCAAAAGAUAAACAUUACAAAGUAUUGAAUACGGCAGCUCACCAAGAAGAUCCUACUGGUUUAGGGGGAAAACAACUUCCAGCAGCCACAAGGAAUGCUGUUACUCAGGUGCCAUCUGAAACAAGCUUCGCCCCAGAAGGUUUUGUGCAGGUUCUGUGCAGCGAUGGGGAAACUACAGAGCAAACUCAAACACAGCACUUACAGAUACAGACAGUUGUGGCCUAUAACUGGAGAACUGGACAUGUGGUGAAAAGGUUCAAAGGACAUGACCGUGAAAUCACCAAGAUUGCCUGUAUUCACAAGUCAAACCAGUUCUUCAGCGCCUCUCGCGACAAGAUGGUCAUGAUGUGGGAGUUGCAAGGCCCUUCACAACCAAGGCAGCAGUUCUCCGGCCAUGCCAUGGUGGUCACUGGAUUGGCUGUGAGUCCAGGUCACUCACCUGUGCUGGGUCCCCAGAGAACCUUAUAUACUCCAGACUUCUGAAGACAAAACCAUCAGAUUGUGGGACAGUCGGGGGCUGCAGAUAGCUCAUACAUUUCCCACAAAGCAGCACAUCCAGACCUACUGCGAGGUCAGUGAGGAUGGACACAGGUGUAUCUCUUGCAGCAGCGGCUUUGGAGGGGAAGGCUGCGAAGCCACGUUGUGGGACCUGAGGCAGACGCGGAACAGAAUCUGUGAGUAUAAAGGCCAUUUCCAGACUGUUGCAUCCUGUGUCUUUCUACCAAGAGCAUUAGCCUCCAUGCCUGUAAUUGCUACCUCAUCACAUGACUGCAAGGUGAAGAUCUGGAACGAAGAUACUGGAGGGCUCGGAAUAGGGAAGGAUCCAUCCAAGCUGAGGAGCAGAAGUGACUUCAGCGGCGCCCUGCCUGCCCGCCAGCGUAAGGCAAUGUGUGAGCCAAGGCGGUGUAGUCAGAGGGGAUGGCAGGAGACCAGCCCAGCGCAGAACAGAGGCCUGCAAAGAUGAGUGGACUUCGACCCCCUUAGAGAAAAAGCAAGAGUGACUCACAGGAGGAAGAUGUAACCAAAGCUUCCAGGCUGUCUGUCCCCCGUAAGCCCAGACAGUCCAAAGUCAGCAAAGGGGAGAGGAGGAAAACCUGAGCUGGAGAGCUGGCCAAGAGCUGCCUGAAGACCAUGCAAAUGAGACCCGCCCACAACUGCCUGGAAACCAGGCCUGGAGAAGCCAGAGCCCAGAGCACAGGCUGCAGGGCUGCGUUCGGGAAAGGAGGAGGAGGAAGUGGGCGAGAUUCCGAGGGUGCAGGACAUCUCCUGCCAGACCUCCCGGUGUCCGGACUGAGGAUGGCCGAGCUGCAGGGCCGGGAGCCUGAGUGCCCCGUCUGCUGGAACCCCUUCAACAACACCUUCCACACCCCUAAAGUGCUGGACUGCUGCCACUCCUUCUGCGUGGAAUGCCUGGCCCACCUCAGCCUGGUGACUCCGGCCCGGCGCCGGUUGCUGUGCCCGCUCUGUCGCCAGCCCACGGUGCUGGCCUCCGGGCAGCCUGUCACUGAUUUGCCCACGGAUACUGCCGUGCUCACCCUGCUCCGCCUGGAGCCCCACCACGUCAUCCUGGAAGGCCGCCAGCUCUGCCUCAAGGACCAGCCCAAGAACCGCUACUUCCUGCGCCAGCCCCGCGUCUACACGCUGGACUUGGGCCCCGAGCCUGCGAGCCAGGCUGGGCUCCCCCAGGACACGGCCCCUACCAGCAGGCCGGCGCCCAGCCCCAGCCCCAGCCGCUCCUCUCUGAGGCAGUGCUUCCGCAACCCGCAGUUCCGCAUCUUCGCCUACCUGAUGGCCGUCGUCCUCAGCGUCACCCUGCUGCUCAUCUUCUCCAUCUUCUGGACCAAGCAGUUCCUCUGGGGUGUGGGGUGAGCGUCUGCUCCAGACAAGGAACCAGGCCUUUCUUGGCUGCCGCUGAGCAGGGGGACUGCAGAGCCUCAUUCGGGAUUGGCUUCCUUUGUAGUAUUGCUCAGUUUUACAACCCAGGGAUCAGCUAGGCUUUGCGUCUGCUUCUAGGAACAGAGAAUCUGGCAGUAAUGAGAACCUCUGAGAGCUGAAGGGCUGGGGAAAGAUAUGAAGAGAGCUCUGGGUCCUGGAAGCACAGAGAAGCAGAUCUGUGAUUACAGAGCUACUUAGCAAGUUGUGCCAAAGGGCUGGACAAUGGUGUCCAGAACCUAACCAGCCCAGAGAGCAAGUUGCAUUUCUUACUGGAACUGCUUUGAACUCAGUUCACAUUUUUUUUUUUUUAACCCUGAGUUGCUCUUUUUACUGUUUGUUGCUAAAAAACUUGGAAAGUGGACUUCAACUGUGAGCCAGUGUGUGUGUCCCCCCCCCUUUCAGUUUUCUCUUUGGAUGUCUUGUCACCAGUCCCAGUAAAAAUGGCCCGCAUUCAUUACAUCAUUCACUUACUCAUUCAACAACCAUUUGGCCGGUGCUCUGUCAGGACUAGGGGAAGAGAAGCCUAGGAUCAUCCAGGGUGGCCGUCAGAGUCCUUAUCAGCAAGGGCACCCUCACUCAGCUGCUUCAGGUACAAGACGACCUCUUGUCAGUAUGUGAUUUAUAAGUGUUGAGGAUAAAGGUUUUAAGGUGAAAAAACCAGAAUCAGUGACUUGAAGCAAUCUGUGAUUUGGAGGAAAAGGUUUUUAUUUCUCCUGGUAGGUGCAGGGUGGAGCUGAUUGCUCUCCCCUAACCAUUGUAAUUCUGGCCUUAGGAGCUAAGGCAGAAACCCCAGGUAGAGUAAAAGCCUUAGCUCCCAUCCCAGGCCUUGCAGGGGCGGGGACCCGGUUUUCAUUUUUAUAUGACAGAAUCUAGGAACCAAGGAAAACUAGGCAGAAUUUGGAUGCUCGGGGUGCUGCUUGACUACAAGUUGCUACUUCUGCAAUGUCUAAAACCCUGAUUUCUGCCCCCCCCCCUUUUUUUGGUCUUUUUAGGGUCGCACCGGCAGCACAUGGAGGUUCCCAGGCUAAGGGUCGAAUUGAAGCUACAGCUGUGGUCCUACGCCACAGCAACUCGGGAUCUGAGCCGUGACUGUGAUAGGUCCUACACCACAGUUCAUGGCAAUGCUGGAUCCUCAACCCACUGAGUGAGGCCAGGGAUCAAACCUGCGUCCUCAUGGAUACUAGCCGGGUUCAUUUCUGCUGAGCCACUACGGGAACUCCUGCUUCCCCACUUUAAAUAUCAUCUGGUUGCUUGGGGCUCUGAAACAACCUCAAAAGCAGUUAAAACACCAUCACGAGAUUUUUUUUUUUCUUUGCUUUGUAGAAUAACUAUAGAAUAAGGCCAGAUAUUGAGUUGGUUUUAUUUGCUCUAACAUUUAAUAAAGGUAGCUUCUAUAAAUUCUUAGGGGUCUUAAUGUUCCAGAUAUUCCAAAAUAGCCAAGACAUAUACUUCAAGUUUAGGAAAACCAAGCGGUCUUGAGCUCCACCAUGAAGAAAAAAUUCUUCAUUAUGAAAUUGGAAAGCCACCUACAUAUCCUGCCAGGGGACUAGCAUCCACCUUUCCACUUGCGCCAUCAAAGAUAAUUACAUGAAAGCUGGGACUCCACCUCUCCCCACUGACUUCAUUUCUUUACACAGCCUUCCUCCAUAACUUUGUGGCAGGUAAAUUAGGCAGUGAUCUCACCACAUUGUCAGAGCCAUGAGGAUCCGAGAGGAGCUGGGGGAUGCUCAAGAAGGGGCAUUGCCUCUGUAACUAGGGCCUACUGCUCCUGACGGCAAACAGGAUUCAUCCCAUUUCAUAGAUGAAACUGAGGCUCCUGAAGUUGAGCUGCCUUGUUCAAUGUCAUCCAGCUCGUAUGUGUGGCCUUUCAGUCAAAAUAGAACUCACAGGGAGGGGAGUUCCCUGGUGGUCUAGUGGUUAGGAUUCCGCACUUUCACUGCUGUGGUCUGGGUUCAAUCCCCGGCCUGGGAACUGAGAUCCCACAUUAAGCCACAGCACACUGAGGCCAACAUCCCAGCCCCCAAACAAAAACACAAAAACAAAACAGACUUAUACUCUUGGAGUGUCUGAUUCACCAAAUAAAACUCAGCUUUGAGUAUUUUUUACUGGGGAAGCCUAUACUAAACAUGGCAACUUCUGUCUUCAUCUUCAAUAGUUCUAAUAUUGGGGCAGUGCCAUCCUUCCAGAAAGCAUUUAGAAAUCUUUGGUACUCCGAGGCAGGGGCUGUUGGUACUCCAGAGGUAGGGAUGCUAAGACACGCUGCAAGGCUCAAAAUUCUACACAACAAAAUAUCAUCCAUCCUAAAUUGCCAAUAGUAUCCUAUUGAAAAACACUAGGUUUCUUGUAAGUUCUCCAAGUAGAAGGGGUAAAAUUAGAUUGUGAGGAUGAAACAAGACGUCUGAAUGUGCCUGGCAGUGUCGAGGCAGAGUAAGUGUCCUGUCUAAUGAUGGUAUGAUAUUUAUCUCACCAUUAUGAUGAAAUGCCAUACUUGGUUUAUGCUCCUCGGCUAAGUGCUAACAAUGAUAUUUCCAAUGAAGAAAUGUAUAUUCCACAAGACAUUUGUUUUGCCAAAGGCUUAGAGGAAAUGCCUAUACUAAACAUGGCAACUUCUAAAUCUCUUGUUGCCACCUCUAAAUCUCUUGGAACAACUGAAAAAAAAAGUUUUUUUCAUGAAACGUAUAGUAAAAUUUCAACUUGAAAACUGAAACGUUUACCACACUAUAUUCAAAUUGCAUGCUAAUACACUAAUGGUCAUUAUUAGUUUAUACACACUACAAAGGCAGUAAUGAAAAAAUAAUUUUUCAUGGCCAACUGUGGAGGAAAUAAGAGCCCAUUAAUACUUAAGCUACAGUGAAAUGCCCAGUGGAGGGUAGAGCUGAUAAUCCCACAAGUUGAACAGACACACAGGAUAUGCAACUAUUUGGUUAUAGUUGAAAUCAGGUCAAACAGACGAUUUAGCUACACAUCACACACAGUCCGCAUGACAGAGCUAGACAGUCACUCUCAGCCUCCCCAGCACGGCAAAUGAAAAGUGCUAUUUUGAACAUUCAACUAGAAGCCAUCAUAUAAGCCCUUCUUGAAUUCUCUACACACAAUCCUUUUUUUCCAAAUUCCUAUGCUUUUGUGUGAAUUUACUGCCCAAUUUCAGAGUUCAGUGGUUGUAUACGUGGGGUAGAAAGAGGUGAAGGUAACUGCUGCACUGGCAAUGAAGAACUAGAGUCCAGAUACAGUUCAUGGGGAGUCUGGCCCAAAAUGCAACAGCCCAUAUUAAGAAAAAUAAAUAAAAAAUUCACUGACAAUGCUUAUUACUAAGGAGAUAGAAUUGGAGCAAGCCAUAGAGAUUACCUGCUGUAUCUCAAACUGAAAAAUAAGAACCUCUGUAGACUCAUGGCUGGGAUUCAGAAAAUACUUAACUAUACAAAAUCAUUGUAUAAAGGACAGUUUUAUUUUUGGAUGCAGCCAUGGGACGUGGAAGUUCCCAGGCCAGGGGCUGAGCCCAUGCCAUAGCAGCAACUUACACCACAGCAGUGAAAAUGCCAGAUCCUUAACCUGCUAUGCCACAGAAGAACUCCUAAAGGGUAGUUUUUAUAAUAGAAUUUUACUCUGUAGCAAGUGUGUAAUGAAGGAA